UAAAAAAAAAUACGUACAUUAUACGUAGAGUAAAAUUCUUGGUCGGAAUUUCAUAUCCUGCAGCAUCACCGUCAUCGCGCGCUCUCUCUCUCUCCCCGUUGUUGCUUCUGGAUUCAUAUUUAUUGAGAUUGAAACGAAGCACUUUACGAGAAUUGAAGGUUUUUAUGAAAUUUUCGGUAUUUCAUUGACAACUUUACAUGAAUAUGGAAUCGCUAGUGACGUUGCAAGAGGUGGCUGAUGGACCUGAAAAUGUGUUUAUUAAGGAUGUAAUCACGUCUGAAACACACCAUGUUGUACCUACCUCUCCUGCAAAGAAACAAACAAGACAAUGGGCUGCUUGGACGCGUCAGGAAGAGGAAAGAUUCUUUAAUGCUCUACGUCAAGUUGGAAAGAAUUUUGAGAAGAUAACUUAUCGUGUUCAGAGUAAAAAUAAGGAUCAAGUUCGGCACUAUUAUUAUCGUCUCGUGAGGCGUAUGAACAAGUUGCUGGGGCCUGAACUUUUUCUUGAUGCCAAAAACUCCAAAGAUACAAAUGCUGCCAUGCUUCGAUGGUGGUCGUUACUUCAAAAGCAUAGUUGUAAAGCCUCAAAGCUUCACUUGAAGCCUCGAAGAUUCAAGAUUUUUUUGGAGGCAUUGGAACAUCAGCUAUUGAAAGACCAAAAAAAGAAAAAUAAAAAACGACCUCUUCAAGAGGAAAGCUGUUCUAUGACACCAUCAAAUUCUGUCUCGAAUCAGGGUAAAGCCUGCACACAUGAUGCUUGUGUCAACCCUGUUCUUGUUGACGGUCAAACCACACAAAAUGUGGGUUCUGGAAAAGGAGCUUCGCUAAAGCGCAAUGCAAGCACAUGUAUAGAUCGGAACAACUGCAAAGGAGGCUCGUCAUCUGUUAAACAAGCAAGGCAGAGGCGAAGAUCAGGUAGUGCAUCUACUGCUGCAUAUAAAAAAUGGGAGAAGGCUGCAAUAGCCGGGGUGUCAUUAGUUGCUGAUGCUGCUGCACACUUGGAGCAGACAGCCUUGGAUAGAUUAGUUGAUAGUGUACAAUCUAUGAACAGAGACAAGGGUUCAAACACUGUUGCAAGAGAUAUACCCCCUGUGCCGUCUUUUCAUCAAACAAUAUCUAUUGUCAACAAUGUACAACCUUUGACCAAACUGAAAUUGCAGCUCUUUCCAAUUAAUGAAAGCAUACGCAGAGCAUUGGAAAUGGACAAUCACAACCCUCAUUUGGAGCUCACAUUAAGUUCUAGAAAGAAAAUAUCUUCAGUUUUGGAACGCCUGAAUCAUAAAUGGGGAAGCUGUAAAAUAGCAUCUGGAGAACUAAUGCUUCUGCCUUACUUUGCUGAAAGUUCAAAUCUUGUGAAAUGUCAGAGAUGGACGCAACAUUCAGUUUUAAGUGCAGCAGAUGUAUAUACUGCAGUUGGAAGUCCUUCUGUUUUCCGCUUAAGGUAUGGUUGGUUUGUGAGUACACCCCAAGAACCUCUAUCAACUGGUGCUGCCCUAAGGUGCAACGUGAAUGCUGUAGAGGAUAAGGGUUCUCAUAAGAAUACAGCUGUGUCGGUAUUUGAAUGGGCAGACAGCCUUACUAAUGUAAGUGUUGGUGAUCUGCUUGCGGAUGCAUCUCGUAGUGCAAAUGGCAACUGCAUUCCAUCUGGCUCUCAGAUUCCAUUCAGCUGUGAUUCUUUUGAUGCUGCUAUUGCGGCUCAUAUAAGAAAAAAUCUUGGCAAUAGUGUAGUCCAGCCUACUGUUGUAUCAUCUUCUAUCUGGGAUGCUGAAGAUACGUGUGAUGCAUUCACGUUUCAUAAGAAUAAUGCAGCACAUACUCUUAAAAAAACCUGCAACCAAGACACUUCCAUAAAUCGACUUCCGCUAGGCUCUGCCAUUGAGAAACUAGCUGAAGCAGAGGAACCCAUGGAGAAUCAUCCUGCAGAAGUAGAGUCAAUAGACAGGGAUCAUUCUGAAAGGAAUGUCGUGGAUGGUUCUGCUAAAGAUCUACGUGCUCUUACUGAUAUUUACUGGCCCGACUCCUUAGGACCUUUAGAAGUGGAAAUGCUUCCUUGUAGAUAUCAAAGCAAUGACCUUAUAUUGAGCGAGUCUCUUGGUGGAUUGACUCGUAUUCUAACUAGCAGCAUUGAUGCCUUCCAAAAUUCUUCUUUCUUCUUGGAGCGAAGAGAUCCGCCUGCAAUAGGAGAUAGGGAAUCUGAUCCUAAGAUCGGUAGUUAAGUUGGAGCUGGUUUUUCACCCAUUCCGGGCUCACGGGUAUCCAGGCUAUGACUGGGUGACGUUUCCGUGUGUAUAUACUUUUCCUAACACCACUAUCUGACCUUACCACAUCUUUGUACAACUUUUAGAGCUCCUUGUGUCAAAUUCACAAUUAAGGUACAACUUUUACUGCAUCUAGUAUAAGUUGUGACUGCUCCGGAUGUUGCUCCUUUUGGCUCCUGGAUAGUUUUACAUGUAAAGUAAUUCAAUUCCAUAUUGACGUGGACCUUUUUUAA